AUGGCCUAUCCACAGACUUCGUUUUGUCAUACGACACUGGCCCCUAGGACUCUCCUCGGACAACGCCGACGAGCAGUCGCAGCAAAUACAUUGCAGUACCAGCUUGACGUGCUGAAGAAGACUGGUCGCUACGAUGCUUUCAGAUUGAAAUGGCAUCCGGUGUACGAUCGCGCGCCAGAGGUUUGGCCAAUUCCGGAUCAUCUUUUCUGGGACUCUGACGUUGCAAAAUGGAUCGAAGGCGCUUGUUAUUUUCUGCAACAAGAGUGCAUGCCAGAGAUCGCGGAUGCCGUUGACGAGCUUGUCAAUAUGAUCAGAUCUGCUCAGCAACCUGACGGAUACCUGAAUAUACACUACACCGUAGUCGAACCGGGUAAACGAUUUACAAACCUCAAAGAUAUGCACGAACUUUACAACUGCGGUCAUCUGAUCGAAGCUGCUCUAGCACAUCAUGCACUUUACGACAAUGAUCAGCUUCUUGGUCCUAUCUGCCUGUAUGUCGACCUCCUGUGCAAGACUUUCGGAUCAGACCCUGGACAAACGCAUGGCUAUCCUGGACAUCCUGAGAUCGAGCUUGCACUACUCCGCCUCUACGAUCGCACAGAAAUUCCGCGCUAUCUCAUGUUGGCCAAAUACUUCAUCACGGAAAGAGGAAAUCCCACUGGUUGUGACGGAAGACACUAUUUCGACGUGGAGGCUGAGGCGCGUGGAGCAGACCCCAACAUGAAACCCGCAUUCUAUCCCGAGCCUCGCUCACUAUGGUAUCACCAGGCACACCUACCUAUUGUCGAGCAGCAGACCAUCGAGGGCCAUUCAGUCCGUGCGAUGUAUCUCUUGACCAGCGUCGCGGACCUCGUGCGCAUCGAGCAAGGUCACAAUGAUCUGCGAGCUGCAACACACAGAUUGUGGAGAAAUAUGGUCAACCAGAAGAUGUACUCGACAGGUGGUAUUGGUGCCAUCAAGCAGUGGGAAGGCUUUGGUCUCGAUUACUAUCUGCCCCAAGGAACCUCAGAAGGUGGCUGUUAUUCAGAGACUUGUGCUGCGAUAGGUGUCAUGAUGCUGGCUCAACGACUGCUCCAGACUGAUCUGGACGGAAGAUUUGCAGAUAUCAUGGAACUGUGUUUGUACAACGCUGUUCUGACCGCGAUGUCCACGGACGGUAGAAAGUUCACAUAUGUCAACCAGCUGGCGUCAAGCGAGGAGGAUUCCUCAUCCCGCAACGACUGGUUCACGGUCGCAUGUUGCCCGCCAAAUAUGUUGCGCCUGCUAGGUACCAUCGGAGGUUACAUCUGGACGUACAGCACCUUGAACACGGAACAAAAAGCGCGCAUCGAUGUGCAUCUGUACAUAGGCGCAAAGCUUGAGUUUGAUUGCGCCGGUGACAUGAUAGAGCUUGAGCAAGAAACGCAGUGGCCAUCUUCUGGGGACGUAAAGUUCAGACUGCGCUCCCGAAAGGUCAAAGUCGACCUUCGGCUGAGGAUACCUGGCUGGGCUGAGUCAUGGAAGGCAAGUCAAGAACGCAGACAUCGGCUUGUGGUGAAUAAAGGCUAUGUUACGAUCUCUUCGGACUGGCUCGAACAACAACCUGAGUUCACGCUCUCGAUACCACUUAAACCUCGUCUUCUAAGCUCCCAUCCUCUUACCACCCAGAACACAGUCACGAUCGCCAGGGGUCCUGUUGUAUACUGCGUUGAAGACUCGGAUAAUCCCUGGGUUCAGGACCACUUUGCGACACUCCUGAUGGAUCCGUCUUGCAGCAUGGUAGAACAGAGCGUGCACGACCGCGACCUGGGAGAUUCGUAUGUCGCUCUGACCGUCACGCGUGGUUGUUCAAUCUUGGAACCGGACAAGUUCGAAGACAGUCCGUUCUUGAGAGACAACGGUCUCGACAAGGCGAAGCCGCUGUCGGACGUCAACUUUGUUCCAUACUACUUCCGUGCCAAUCGCGGCGGAAAGGGCCACAUGCGUGUAGGCAUUAAAAAAGCUGGAUGA